AUGAACCAAGGAGACUCAAACCCAGCAGCUAUUCCGCAUGCGGCAGAAGACAUUCAAGGAGAUGACACAGGGAUGUCUCAGCACAACAGAUUUGUUUUGGACUGUAAAGACAAACAGCCUGAUGUACCAUUUGUGGGAGGCUCCGUGGUGCAGUUAAUGCAGCCAUAUGAGAUAUGGCGAGAACUUUUUUCCCCACUUCAUGCACUGAAUUUUGGAACUGGGGGAGAUACAGCAAGACAUGUUUUGUGGAGACUAAAGAACGGAGAACUGGGGAAUGUUAAGCCUAAGGUCACUGUUUUCUGGCUAGGAAGAAACAACCAUGAAAAUAUGGCAGAAGAGGUAGCAGGUGGUAUGGCGGCCAUCAUACAACUUAUCAACACAAGGCAGCCACAAGCCAAAAUCAUUGUAUUUGAUCUGUUACCUCAAGGUGAGAAACCCAACUCUUUGAGGCAAAAGAACGCCAAGGUGAACCCACUCGUCAAGAUUUCACUGCUGAAACUUACCAACGUGCAGCUCCUGGAUACUGACAGGGGUUUCGUGCACUCCGACCAUGCCAUCUCCUGCCACGACAUGUUUGAUUUUCUGCAUUUGACAGGAGGGGGCUACUCAAAGGUCUGCAAACCCCUGAAUGAACUGAUCAUGCAGUUGUUGGAGGAAACACCUGAGGAGAAACAAACCACCAUUGCCUGACUGGCUCCCAUCAGUGUCAAUAGCAUCUCAGCUUCCUCAGAUCAGUUAUAUCACCAGCACUCCAG